AUAAAUUCCUCAUUAAAGAGUACUACUACAAGUAUUUUAUGAGAACACACCAGAAUCUCCCUUUCCUUCCUUUCUCACUCUUCUAACACAAACACAUUCCUCUCAUUCUCUCUCUCUUACAAAACCUUCUUCUUCCACCCCAUUUUUAAGGACAUCAAAAACCCUCUUAAAUUACCCUAAUAAAAAUCCUUCCUUUCCUACCCAAAUGAGGAAAACACCUCCACUCAACAUGUCCAAAGCUAACUUCCCUUGGUCAUCUUCAAGAAAAGUUCAAAAUGAAGAAACUUUAGAUGAAAUUACCACUCCAAAAACAGAGGAAAACAGGGGAAAACAGAGCAAAACUCAACCAAAUGACCCAAAAAUUACUAAUGAUGAUAAUAACAACAACAACAACAAUAACAAGAGUUUAGCAUCAAGAAGAAGGAAAAAAAUACAAGCAGUUGCAGUUUCAAGGAUAAGGUCAGUUUUAACAGCCUUAAACAUCAACAAAUCAUCAUCAAGUUUCCCAAAUUUAGGGUCAUCCCCUAAAGUUAUAGGUACCCUAUUUGGGUACAGAAAAGGGCAUGUUCAUUUUGUGUUUCAAAGAGAACACAACACAAUCCCUGUGUUUUUCAUUGAACUUGCAACACCAAUUACUAAUCUUGUCAAAGAAAUGGCAUCUGGGUUGGUCAGAAUUGCACUUGAAUGUGAUAAACAAGAAGAAGAACAGAAAAAGAACAACAAUAAUAAGAGAAAAAGAUUAUUGGAAGAAAAAAUUUGGAGAACUUUUUGUAAUGGGAAAAAAUGUGGCUUUGCUACUAAAAGAGAGAUUGGGCCUAAUGAGGCUAAGAUAUUGAAGGUGGUUGAGCCCAUUUCAAUGGGGGCUGGUGUUCUUCCUGGGUUUAAUGGAUCUGGGUCAAGCCCAGAUGGUGAACUUAUGUAUAUGAGGGCCCAGUUUGAGAGAGUUGUGGGGUCCAGAGAUUCUGAAGCUUUCUACAUGGUGAAUCCUGAUUGUCAUGGUGCUCCUGAGUUAAGCAUUUACUUGCUUAGAGUUUGAGGACCAAAAUUCCCUUUUUACCCUCCACUCCAAAAAAAAAAAAACAAAAAAUUGAAAAUGAAAAAUCAUGUGAAAAGAAUGUAAGUUGUAGUUUAUUCUAAAUUUGUUAGGUUUAAGAACCUGUUAACUGGGUGGGGAUAGUAGAAGUCUAGUUGACAAGGUGUUUUUUUUUUUUUUUUUGGGUAAUUUUGGUUUUUGGGGUAUAAAGGUUAUUAAUUGGAGAAGUGGGUAUUAAUUGUACUAUUUUGUUAUCUUUUUUGGGGUGGAAUGUAAUGGUAUACUAGCAAAAAAAACAAGAGAAAUUGGUAUAUUAUGGGCAUGGUGGUCAAAUUAACUCAAUGUAAGAUCUUUCUUGCGAUGCAACUCUCCAAUUGGUAUAUUAUAAAGAUGGUGGUAUUUUUGCAUAA